UUCACAGAAGGAAAGGAAGAGAUGGCGGCAGCUGAAACACAACUCUAUUCAAAGGUCUUAAACAAGAGAAAAAACAGAAGUACCAAUUCCUUAAUGGAGCCUCUCUUGGCUACUGGUUUCUCUGUACAUACAGCAUUAAAGGCAUUGGCAGCUACUGGACAAAAGACAGCAGAAGCAGCAAUGCAAUGGUUGCAUUCGCAUUGCAAUGAUCCUUCUUUAGAAGAUCCCAUCCCUCAGGAAUAUGCCCUCUAUUUGUGUCCAGCAGGCCCCUUGAAUGACAUUCUGAUGGAGUUUUGGAGAGAAAGCAGAUGCCAAUGUGGAAAAAAUAAAGCCCAUGAAAAUUUCCCACACAUCACACUUUCUGACUUCUUCACUUGUGAAGACCAAAAGGUUGAUGGCUUAUAUGAAGCUCUAGAAAAAUCCGGUAGCCAAUUUUCCAGCAAUUUUCCUGUGAUGAUUUCCCUAUCACUACAUUCCUCCAGCACCUACAUUGGCUUCUUUCUUAACGAUGGCCCUGCAAAUGUCAUCAAAUCAUUUGCUGCUACUUUUGCUGCAGAGGCUACUGUCUUAGCAGAUUGUUGUGUGAAGCCUUCAAAAAAGCAACUCCACCUCACUUUAGCCCACAAAUUUUAUCCUCACCAUCAAAAGACUUUGGAACAACUGGCCAAAUCAAUCAACCCAAAGCAAAGUUGCCAGUGGGUGGCAGCUCUCUAUUCUAGGGAUAUGCGCUUUGUCCAUUAUCAGGUUUUGAGGGCCUUAUUCCAGUAUAAGCCUCAAAAUAUUGAUGAAUUGAUGCUGAAUUCAGGGGAUCUUAUAUAUGUUGAUCGGUCACAGCAACAUGAAGUAUGUGAGGGCUGGGCAAUUGGUAUAUCUCACCGAACUGGAUGUCGGGGAUUUUUUCCUGAAAAUUACACAGAAAAAGCCAAUGAGUCAGAUACCUGGGUCAAACACAGAGAGUAUAUUUUCUCUUCAGAUGCAGGCCAACUUCCUAAGAACCAAAUCAAAACUUGCUUUAAAACAAAGAUUCCAAAUCCAGUGCCAAGGAAUGUAGCCAAAAUGCUUGCUCAUCAGUUGUCACCACAAACCACAACCCAGAAAGAGAUGUUGGUGAUUUGCCAUGGAGAAAGAGUAGAUCAGGUGUUUGGGAAAUCUUGGGUACAACAGUGUUUUGGACCAGAUGGAAAAUAUUAUCGACGAGACCUCAAUUUCCCCUCCAGUUUACCAAAUCAAGAUGAUUAUAUUAAACGUUAUAAAUAUGAUCCUCCUUUAUCAUGCUGUGGCACAUUUCAAUCUAGACUGACUGGAGAAGCCUUGCUAGAAAAAGAAGUGAUUGUUGGCUGUGUAUACUCUUCUCCAGCAUUACACUGUAUUCAAACUGCUCAUCAUAUAUUAGAAGGGCUCCAGAUAGAACAGAAAGCUAAAAUUCGGAUAGAACCUGGACUGUUUGACUGGACUAAGUGGCAGACAAGCACAACUGCUCCCUCUUUUAUGACAGAAAAAGAACUGAGUGAGCUUGGUUACAGCAUAGAUCCCACAUACAAAUGUCACUUCCCUUCUUCUUCUUUGAUGCCAUCUGAAAGUUAUGAAAACUAUAUUAGCAGAUGUUCUGCAACUGUAAAAAAGAUUACUGAUACUUGUGCAACAGAAGGCACCCUUCUGAUCAUUGGUCAUUGCUCAUCUCUGGAUUCCAUCAUUCGGCCAUUACUGGGUCUGCCUGCCAGAGAAAGCAGUGAAUUUGUUAAGUUUGUUCAGAAGGUACCAUCUCUAGCCAUGUGUUUCUGCAGAGAGAUGAAAGAGGAGAAAAGAUGGCAGAUGGUUAAUCCACCAGUUGAAAUGUUAACUCAUGGAGCCAAUAUUGCAUUUAACUGGAAACACAUUACUGUGGACAAUUAAACAAUAAUUGAAUUUAUAUCUGCAGUCUCAUAGCCCAAAAGGCCUCACUGCAGUCUGUUUUCUUGGGCUAACAGCCAAAUCUGUUCUGAACUCAGGCGCUGGCUUUAAUAGAAAGAAAGGGCCUCACUGAGAUUUUUAUUUGAAACUUCAGGUAAGCCAUGUGGACAGGGUUUUUUUCCCUUCUUUUUUAAAUAAUUCCAUGACAAGUGCAAAAUGUACUUCUUAACUAUAUUUGAAGUUUAAAUUUAAAAUUUUAAGUAUAGUUAACUUAAAAUAAAUGAAGAAUGAUGCUUAUAUUAUUUUUAAUUGGCUACGCAUUAGUUUCCACUAGAUAAUUUCAGUAAUUGUAAGAUGCUAGAAUUGUUCUGUAUUUUGCAGUACAAUUGAAGAAAAUGAUUGUUUACUGUUUUGCUGUUCUAAAAUCCGUUAUGCUGAUAAAAAGUAAGCUGACAUAUCUGUAUAAUAUUUGCUGGAGAUUUCCUGAGAUAGGAAUUCAUAUGACACCUAAAAUAAUUUAAUUUACAUGCCAUAACUAAAAACAAGAAAAUCCCUGCAUACAGUCUUAUAGACAAAAGCUUAGGGCAGAAAAGUAAUAACUGAAAAUUCAGGCAGUACAGUAAUUGUGAAAGUUAAGUCAUAUUUAUUAUACAGUCCAUCUGGAUUGAAAACCUGAGGGAAGAGCCAAAUGUAGUUGGACUUUCUGCAAAGCUUAAAAGAAGCAGGAUAGCGCCGUCUGAUGGAAUGAUCGCUGUAGGUAACAACUGCUGGAGAAAUAAGUGGAAAUGCACUUCAAGUAGUACGUACUUUUGAUGAAUAUGCGCAAUUCUCUUAUCUAUUAUUUAUGCUAUUCAGACAUUUUUUUGUAUCUUGACACAUUUGAAACCGUUUUCUAGAUGGUCAGGGAAUAAAUGUGCAUAACCUUGGCAACAGUAGUAUUCUCAAAUAUCAAUCUAAAAUGUUUCUCAUUUGUUUUUGUUUUCUUAAGAUACAGUACCAGCAAUGUACGUAGUAAACAAUUGUUCUUCUUUUGUACCAGAUAAUUGUUCUUCUUUUGUAUGUCUACUACUGUUGUAUGGGUUUAUCAAUUAAUUUUCUGAAAUAAUUUGUAAAAAGCAAAUUGUAGCUGGAUGGAUUUUGGCCCCAACGGUUGCAUUGUGGAAGAAAAAGUAAGGACUCAGACUGGCCAAUAGUCAGAUUUGCAAUAAAAGCAUGUAGUUACACCAUUGAUUCAAGGGUCAUCUUCACAUGCUUCUUACUAUAGCACAAAGUUGCCCAGCUUUUUUAAAAAGGAUGUGUCUUCAUGAACCUUGGUCUUACCCACAGCUGAAGCAGUUUAAAGUUGUCUAACUGUACCAGUUUUAUAUAGUUUUUUUCCCUCUUCUGGCAACGUAAUUUGUAUUAUUGACAUAUUCUAUAAUGAUUCCUUGAUGAUGUGGUUCAUUUAUUUAAUUCAAUUUAGUCAUCACCUGAUUCUGAGCAGCUCAUAAUAUAUUACUUUGAAAAUAAUAUAUAAUUAUCUGACCAUUAAAAAAAAUCUAAUACUUCAGAAACUGAGAACUGCCCAACAACUAUUAACUUCAAGCUGAUGUGGGAAAUCCCUGGAGAGACCACUAAUCCUAGGUGAAUCAUCUCAAUGUGACAUGAUUCUGUUCUCUCUGGGUCAUUGACUCUGUUUUCUUUUUCUUUUUUCUUUUGCUAUUUGUUUGUUUGCCACCCUGAAUUACCUUAUAGAGGAGAUGGGUGAUAUAAAAAUUUAAUAAAAAUACAUACUCUAUGCUGCAGCAAUCAAAAAGAACUCUCAGUGGCUCACCUAGAAAAAAAAUACACAAAAUAAUGCAUUCAAAAAGUAAAGCACAACAUUACACUAGAAAUAAAAAUGAGAUAGUAACAUUAGGGAAGGCUUUCUGAAAAAGCUUCAUCUUUAAAAGUUUGCAGAAAACUAGCAAUGACAGUACUGAGGUGAAAAAGCAGUCUCUUUGCCUCAAGCCCUUCCCCCCUCAAAACUCCUGAAAGUGUUGGAUUUACAGCAGUUUCUCCCUCCUAGAUCUAAUUGCUUAGAGCAAUUAGCAAUCAGCAGAUGGUUGGGUACCAAGCCAUGAAGGGUUUUACAGGUCAAAAUCAGCAGCUUCAACUGACAAUGUACUGUACACAAAACCCAGUUCUUGGGGGCGGAGGGAGAAGAGUGACAUUGAUUUGCCAAUACUCUUGAACCAUUAAGAAAACUCAUUGUAGAAGAAGCAAAACCAGGGGAACACACACAUUAUUUUCCUUAACUUGUCCCAUGUUAAAUUUAUAAGAGCAGUAGCAGUUGCCAGCCUUGAUAAUAAGGUAAAUAGAAUGAGGUGAUGGUAACAAUUCAUAAAUUUCUGCUCCUUGGACAAUUGGAGGAAUCUGUAUAAAAGAAGGACUGUGAAGAAAAGCUUUAGGAAACAAUCCCUUCUAGGCUGAAGCUUUUGUAAAUUUCUUUAAUGUACUAACAUCCAAGACACCUAUAGAAAGUACAAUCCACUUAUUGUUUUGGACCAAAAAUUUCAAGACAAACCACUUUGGGUGAGAAGGCCUUGGUGAAAUAAGACCCAACAUUUCCAUCAAUACCAUGUUCUUCUUUUGGUAUUUUGAUGGUGGUGGAUUAAUCCUAUUAUGUCCUAAAGGUCAUUCUUUAGAGUUGGGUGGGAUAUGUAGAUUUUAGGGGUCUUUGUCUUUCUCAUCAGCUUCUAGCUUCCUGGGAGGGUGCUGUCCUCCUACAAGCAGUUGCAGGAAUUGGAUAUGUCUAGUCUAGUGAAAAGAUGGGGUGACAUAAUAGCAGUGUUCCAAUAUUUGAUUGGCUGCCACAAAGAAGAGGGGGUCAGCCUAUUCUCCAAAGCACCUUA